CGCAGUGCGAAUUCUGAAGCUUCCCACAAACAUAAUCAUGCCGCGCAAUUUUCCUACCAACUCAAGCUUCUUUGACGCAUUCAACUCCAACUUUCAUAAGCUUCCCGUGAGAUGGGUCACGUCCCAGAUGCAAAUUCAGUACAGAGGUUUCGCUGUUGUCAAUUCGGCAAAGAUUCAACAGCCAAAGAAGAAAAGGAGGCUUGAUGAGAUAUGUGUUGAAAGGUUCCAAGAAUAUAGCCGAACCUUCAUACAGUCCUGGAUAUUACAAGGGAAAGUAUUUGUGGAUGGAAAGGUAGUAAAUAAAGCUGGAACGUCUGUAUCUGAAAAGGCAGUUGUGGAGAUACGGGCUAAAGUGCCCAAAUAUGUAUGUAGAGCAGGACACAAGUUAGAAGCUGCAAUUGAAGAGUUUGGUAUUGAUGUUUCCGGCAAAGUAGCUCUUGAUUCUGGGUUGUCCACUGGAGGAUUUACUGACUGUUUACUCCAGUAUGGCGCAUCAUUUGUUUAUGGAGUUGAUGUGGGUUAUGGACAGGUGGUGGAGAAAAUUCGUCGAGAUGAACGUGUUUGUGUGAUAGAGCGGACGAAUUUAAGAUACCUUUCUGAACUCCCUCAAAAGGUUGAUUUGGUGACUCUAGACCUUUCGUUCAUCUCUAUUCUCUUGGUUAUGCCUGCUGUAGUAAAUGUGAUGAAUGAAGCGGCGAGUUUAGUGACCUUAAUCAAGCCUCAAUUUGAAGCUCGUAGAUCACAGGUAGGAAAAGGUGGGAUUGUAAAAGAUCCACUUGUCCAUCAAGAGGUUAUUGAGAAGAUUAUCAAGGGUGUAGAGAAUUUUGGAUUCACCAACAAAGGGUGGAUUGAGUCUCCUAUUAAGGGUGCAGAGGGAAAUACAGAAUUUGUCGCAUACUUUAUUCGAACAACUGAGAAAAGUGCAGAAUAAUUUCAUUCUUUCUUUUAUUUUAUUUUUUAAUUUAUAAAUUAUUGUUUCUAAUGCAAGAUAUGAGAGAAUCUAUCCAUGGAAAAAUGACCCCUGUAUUUUAUGGCUGCCAUCUAUCUUGCACUUAAAAUUACAAAUAACUGAAUGCAAGAACGGUAAAAUGUUUAUUUCCCUGUAUACCAGUUAUUUUCAUGUCCCUAGCGUGAAAUCAAUACAAACAUGACAGUGGACUUUU